GGAUUCGGUUUUGUUGAUUCAUACUCUUUCAAUUAUUCAAAUUUCGCCAUUAUUUAACAAUUUCAAAACCAGACUGUAAAUUUUGUUGAAAGACCCAGUUUCGGCACCAUGUUUUUAACUCGAUCUGAGUACGAUAGAGGUGUCAAUACAUUUUCUCCUGAAGGACGACUUUUUCAAGUUGAAUAUGCCAUAGAAGCUAUCAAGCUUGGAUCAACAGCAAUAGGCAUUCAGACGCCAGAGGGAGUUGUGCUGGCCGUCGAGAAGAGAGUCACAUCUCCAUUGAUUGAACCAUCUAGCAUUGAAAAGAUAUUUGAAAUUGAUUCUCAUAUUGGUUGUGCCAUGAGCGGGUUGGUAGCUGACUCAAGAACUAUGAUUGAUAAAGCUCGUAUGGAAGCACAGCACCAUUGGUUCACAUACAAUGAAAAGAUGAAAGUUGAGAGUGUGACUCAGUCAGUCAGCAACUUGGCCCUACAGUUCGGUGAUGAUGAUGCCGAUCCCGGGGCUAUGAGUCGUCCAUUUGGUGUUGCCUUACUCAUAGCUGGCAUUGAUGAGCUAGGGCCCCAACUGUUCCAUAUGGAUCCUUCGGGUACCUUCAUUCAAUAUGAUGCUAAAGCCAUUGGUUCUGGAUCAGAAGGGGCUCAGCAGGCAUUGCAAGAAAUUUUUUAUAAAGAUAUGAAACUUGAGAAUGCCUGCGUUGAGAUAUUGAAGAUAUUGAAACAAGUUAUGGAGGAAAAACUGAAUGCCACCAAUAUUGAGAUGGCGACAAUAACUAAAGAACAUAACUUCAAACUUCUAGAUAAAGACGAGCUGCAAAGAUUCAUUGACAGGAUUGCCUAAGUAAAGAAAACACACACAAAUACGUACAUACAUACAUACACACAACACACACACAAAUACCAACAUACAUACACACAAAUACCAACAUACAUACACACACACACAUAUACUUAACAGUAUCACAUUUAAUCCAUUUCAAAACAUGAUGGCAAUGUUACGGUUCUCUAUUAAUUCUAUCUCUAUUAAUGCUAUCAUUAUCAUUGUUUAUGUUGAAGAUUGGGAGGGUGAUAAAUUG